AUGGGGACUAUGGCGGGAGCCAUUGAUCUCUCCUUCUCCUCCUCCGCCGCCCUUGAAAUCUUCCGCCUCGAGUUUGCAUCCACCACCGCAUCCGCCGACAAUCCCGCCGCAUCUGCCGCCUCCUCCGGCGCUGGCGUCAGCCCCGCCGGAACCUUCGGAAACGCUGCUGACGUGUCACCGGACGAUUUUUUCGGCGGGCUGGGCAGCCCUGACCAAUCCGGAGGCAAGGCGGCUGGCGGAGUGCCGGGAAGCGCGGGAGCGGGGGGCGGGCGGUCGGAUCUGCCGUCGCUGGGAGCGGCGACGGCGAGCGAUCGGUUCAAUCGGCUGUCGUGGGGAUCGUGCGGCGUGGAGCAGUCGGAGGCGUUCAGCCACGGCAUCAUCGCGGGCGGACUGAUCGAUGGCACCGUCGCUCUUUGGAACCCCGCGCGCAUCAUUAGCGGCAAGACGGGCGAGGGAGAGGGAGCUCUCGUCGCCAAGAUGUCCAAACACAAGGGCGCGGUGCGAGGGUUGGAGUUCAACCCAGCGGCGCCCAACCUGCUGGCGUCAGGCGCGGAGGACGGAGAGCUGUGCAUCUGGGACCUCGCCAACCCCUCUGCUCCCUCGCUCUACCCCUCGCUCAAGGGAGCGGGGGGAGGGCCACAGGGGGAGAUAUCGUGUCUGGCGUGGAACCGCAAGGUGCAGCACAUCGUCGCCACCACCUCCUACAGCGGCCUCUCCGUCGUGUGGGAUCUCCGAAAGCAAAAGCAGGUCAUCAGUUUCGCGGAUCCAGUGAGCAGGAGGCGGUGCUCGUGUCUGCAGUGGAACCCCGAGAUCGCCACACAGCUCAUCGUUGCCUCCGAUGACGACCGCUCGCCCUCCCUCCAGGUGUGGGAUCUGCGCAAUGCCAUGUCGCCAGUGAAGGAACUCACCUCACACACCAAAG